AUGAAGGUAGACUUAGGGAAGAGAUUGCAGUUUCCCCAGGAUAUCCAUACAACCCUGAGGCCUGAUGUGGUCCUGUGGUCUGAAAAGGCCCAGAAAAUUAUCAUAAUUGAACGAACAGUUACGUGGGGAGCCGGUUGUAACGAGGCCCAUGAACAGAAGUGUGACAGAUAUAAGAGACUUCUGCAGGAUUGCAGGGAGAAGCGAUGGCAGGUAUGGAUAUUCCGAGUGGAGAUUAACAAACCUAUUGAAUAUGGAAAAACUCCUCUAAUAUUUGCCUGUGAAGUGGGCAUCGAUAGAAGAAUACUCGAAAUUUUGCUAGAAGCAGGAGGAGAGGUGAGAACAAAAGACGAAUGGGGUAAUACAGCUUUACAUUAUGCUGUGUCGAGCCGUCGUCUUCAAGCCGUGGAACUCUUACUAUCUCGGGGCAGCGAGAUAAACGGAAAGAGGUAUGAUGGCAGGACUCCUCUCCAUUUGGCUGCAAACUUAUCUCCGGAAUGGACAGAUGGUGUGAAAGAAUUAAUGAAACACAGAGCUCUUGAG